UUAUCUGCGAAACACAUACCCACAUGGGUGUUAGGGUCUCAUAGCUGUCGAUACCUUUCUUUGCCAUGUUGGUUGCGUCUGUGGAGUGUCUCUGAGAGUACAAAAGAACCUCCCAUACUUCUUCUUCCAUGGCUUUCCUUUGCCACAUUUUUAUGUGAAAAAAUGGAGAGCCUUGAAAUGGGUUUUUGAGUUCUUCACUGUAGAUUAGAGAUCCAUUCGGUUCAUGAUUUUCUGAGAAUUGGGUUCUCGACAUUUGGUGGGUGUAUCAGUGAGAAUGGGUCCAAGAUUGGAUUUUUCAGAGUGGUGGAGGAGGGGUGAUACGAGGAAAGGAACUCCAGUGAUAGUGAAAAUGGAGAAUCCGAACAUUUCUGUGGUGGAAAUCGACGGUCCAGAUGCUGCAUUCAGGCCGGUGGAGAAGAGCAGAGGGAAGAACGCCAAGCAAGUAACAUGGGUUUUGCUUCUCAAGGCUCACAGAGCUGUUGGUUGCAUUUCUUGGCUGGCUACUGUCUUCUGGUCACUGCUCGGCACCAUUAAGAAGAGACUUUUGUUCAGGCAAGGAGUUGCUAUGGAGAAUGAUAAGCUACUGAAAGGGAAGUUGCUUUUCAAGGUGAUUAAAGUCUUCUUAGCAACUUCAUUGCUUAUUUUGGGUUUCGAAGUGAUUGCUUAUAUGAAAGGUUGGCACUAUUUCAAGAACACCAAUUUGCACAUUCCAAAGACCUCGGAUUUGCAGGGCUUGCUUCACAUGUUUUAUGUUGCUUGGUUGUCAUUUAGAGCUGAUUACAUUGCUCCACCAAUUCAAGCUCUGUCCAGAUUCUGUGUUUUCUUGUUCCUAAUCCAAUCUGUGGAUCGAUUGAUACUUUGUUUGGGUUGUUUUUGGAUAAAAUACAAGAAGAAUAAGCCAAGGAUCGAGGGAGAUCCAUUCAAGUCAGAUGAUGUCGAGAUAUCAGGCUAUGAGUACCCUAUGGUUCUUGUUCAAAUUCCGAUGUGUAAUGAGAGGGAGGUAUAUGAGCAGUCUAUCUCUGCUGUCUGCCAACUCGAUUGGCCAAAGGACCACUUACUAAUUCAAGUCCUCGAUGAUUCAGAUGAUGAGAGUAUCCAGUGGUUAAUUAAGGCUGAGGUCAGUAAGUGGAAUCAAAAGGGUGUCAACAUAAUCUACCGGCAUCGCUUGGUUAGAACUGGAUACAAAGCUGGGAAUCUCAAAUCUGCAAUGAGCUGUGAUUAUGUGAAGGAUUAUGAGUUUGUUGCAAUUUUUGAUGCCGAUUUCCAACCCAAUCCAGAUUUUCUUAAGCUAGCGUUGCCACAUUUCAAGGAUAAUCCUGAAUUAGGGCUGGUUCAAGCUAGAUGGAGUUUCGUGAACAAGGAUGAGAACUUGUUGACUCGACUGCAAAACAUUAAUUUGUGUUUCCACUUCGAGGUUGAACAACAGGUUAAUGGCGUAUUCCUAAAUUUCUUCGGUUUCAAUGGAACUGCUGGUGUUUGGAGGAUCAAAGCCCUUGAGGAGUCUGGAGGGUGGCUUGAAAGGACAACAGUAGAGGACAUGGACAUAGCGGUGCGUGCACAUCUGAAUGGUUGGAAAUUCAUCUUCCUGAAUGAUGUGAAGGUUCUUUGUGAAGUUCCCGAGUCCUAUGAAGCUUAUAGGAAACAACAACAUCGCUGGCAUUCUGGUCCUAUGCAACUCUUUCGACUGUGUCUUCCGGCAAUCAUAACUUCGAAGAUAGCGAUGUGGAAGAAAGCCAAUUUGAUACUUCUCUUCUUUCUAUUGAGGAAACUUAUCCUUCCAUUCUAUUCCUUUACAUUGUUCUGCAUAAUACUUCCUCUAACCAUGUUUGUACCCGAAGCAGAGCUCCCUAUGUGGGUCAUUUGUUACGUUCCUGUUUUCAUGUCGUUCCUCAAUAUUCUUCCAGACCCAAAAUCUUUCCCUUUCAUCGUUCCUUACCUUCUAUUUGAGAACACAAUGUCAGUGACUAAAUUUAAUGCGAUGGUGUCUGGGUUAUUUCAGUUGGGUAGCUCUUAUGAGUGGGUUGUGACCAAGAAGGCUGGCAGAUCAUCAGAAUCUGAUCUGCUGGCUGUUGCAGAGAGGGAAACCAUGAAAGUGAGCCAACCACAUAUCCACAGAGGAGCUUCUGAGAGUGAGCUCUCUGAGUUGAGUGAAUUGAAAGAAAGGAACGAAGUAGCUCCUAAGCCUCUUAAGAAAAUCAACAAAAUAUACCGCAAAGAGCUCACUCUUGCAUUCCUCCUGCUAACUGCUUCCGUGAGAAGCCUCUUAUCAGCCCAAGGAGUUCACUUCUACUUCCUGCUCUUCCAAGGGGUAACCUUUCUCCUUGUGGGGCUUGAUCUGAUUGGAGAGCAGAUGAGCUAAUUAUACAUGGAAUGGCGCACCCAUUUGCGACGUAGCAGAAAAUUGCAUUCUCAUCUUUCCCUUGACAAGUGAUGGUGAAGCACUACCGUCAAUAAAGUGGAAUCAUCUUCUUUUUUUUGGCAGUUGAAUUUGAAGUACCCUACAGGAUCUUCGCUGCUCAUUUGAUCUCCUCCAUACCACAGUCCCAAAAUUUAUUUACUUUUAUUCUGUAUCUGAUUGAUUUUUCACAUAGGGUAUUGGCAUUGAUUGUUUGUUUUAGGUAGAAUAAGUUGUGAUUUGUUUAUUUUUUUGAACAGUUUGACUUGUAUUCUUGUUUGGGUGUUGUUUGGCUUCUAAUUCAAGCCAUAUUGUGCUUGUAAAGUCCUCAAAAUGUUUCUGAGGAGGUCGGUCUACGAUGAGCUUUUGCUUCAUACUUUUUGGGUUUUACUUGUAAAAGUAAUAACAUCUACCUGUAAAUCUGCAGUUUCCCUUUUCAUAUGUAGUAAUAUAGCAAACGAGUCCCUCUGUUUUCCCC